AAUCAACAAUAAAACCAUCACCAGUAAUAAGACAAUAAUGACAUGGAUCUUUCUCUCCCUGCUUAAUCAUUAAAGGCUUUCCAGAAAAGCCAGGUCUUAACUAUUCUCUGGAAGGCCGUAAGGGAGGGGACCAUUCUUACCUUGACAGGUGAGAAGUGAUUCAAAAGGAGAGGAGCAGGCACCAAGAAUGCCUCAUUCAGUAUCCUCUGUAGUUAUACCUCCUGCUACUGCCUUUGGCAAGUGGUCUCUAUUCACGUGGGUCAAGUGGCUAGAGUUUAACCGGCACCUUCUUACCCUAAGAAACAAAUUAGUAACUAAUGCAACUCCUGUAGCAGCAGUGUUACAUAACAGAGGGAAAACUCUGUCUUCUUAUUUAGUUUCAGCCUGAGGUUGUACAUAUUAAAUGAUGCUCAUUAAAGGACAGCCUCUUGAACAUCCUCUGUAUGUUUGUUCUGUAAUUGUUAUCAUAUGAAUUGCGUGAUGACACCCCCCUCCAAAAAAAAAACCUCUUGAGAUUUUGGUGUUCUCAUCCUCAAGGUCUUGUAUAUGAAUGAGAUUAUUCCUGAAAUGGAAACAUUUUAUAGUACCAUUGAGGCUGUUUUAAUGAAAUUUGCAGUAUUAGUAAUUUUCUUCUGAGCAAACAUUUCUUGGAAGAACCUUUGUGUAUGUUCAGCUUUUUGCACUGUUUUGUUUUACAGAUGUUUGAUCAUAAUAAGCAAGCUGAUGAGGCCAAUGAUAGUUCAGCACAAGGUAUAGAAAAGAAAGUUAGUGAAGGUUCCUUAUGGCAAGACAGCAAUAGUAGUUUAAAUAUACAAGGAUCAGAGCUGUCUAAGACUGGACUAUCUGUUAUGCAGAACAGACAAGGUUAUUGCAACUGUUGCCAUGCACCCUACGGUAAUCUUGAACAGCACGUAUAUAGUUCCCAGCACAGACGUUUUGUCAGUUACUGUAGGAAUCGUAUAGGUACAACUAGCCUGAUGGAGCGUUUCCUGCAAGAUGUUCUGCAACAUCAUCCCUAUAGAUACUACGACAACAGACCAACUUAUGAUGACAUGCCAUUCAACUCCCAGCUUCUUGCAAGGGAUGGGGCUGCUCUUUCCGUGGAAGUCAAAGAGAAAGGGAGAGAUACAAGCAGGGUGGAGGAUCCAAACAUUGAGAGUGGAGUUGCUGCUGAAUCAGGCUGCCUUAUUUCCCAGAGCCAUGAAAAGCUGGAGAAGGCUUCUGUGGCACUCCUACCUAUCCAGACCCUAGGAAGGGGUCAACGACCCAAUAUAGGAGCUUCACAACGAACUAUGGAUAUUUCCAAUAAUACAAACAAUCGUGGUCCAACAAGCAUUUUGACUAAAAAUAAUAGUCAGAAAGUCCCCUUUACAGCUAAGGACUCUUUACCCCACCCAUUACCUGUUAGCCAGUUGCCAUCCACUCCUCAAAGACUUGCAAAAAAAAUUAGAUGUCCAGUAGCAGCAGAUUUAGUUUCAAACGACGUAUGUGAGCAGACCACCCAGGAUAUAUGCAACCAAGAUGGAUUUCUGAAUUUGAAGAGGAGUCCUGUUCUACAGUCAGUCCUGUCAAAAACUGUUUCACAUUCUCAGAGUCCUGUCUGUCAUAAAGGCAACUCUUUAAUCUCAGGUCAACUUUUUUUAAAACAAGAUGGCUUAGAAUCUCAGGAUGAAACUCAGAUUAACUUCUGUCUCAGGAACACUAGAAAACCUACAGGCACCAGCAAUUCCCCAACUUUUCAAGCAACUUCCCAAUUAGCGAGACAAAAAGGACAUUUGUGCACAAAUACUGAAAGUUCUAUAAAUGAAAUAAUUGAACAAGUCAUUUUGAAAUACUGUUAUGAACCCCCUCCCAAAGAGUUGUCUUGCAGAGAAGAAGAUACAAAUUCCUGUGUAAAUAUACUGUCACUUUUGGAUCACAAUAGUCUGCAUGGCUCAGAUAUAAGUUUUGAUUGUGAUGCAGCUGUUGAUUCAGGAGCAAAGCUGCCCAAGUUAACUGUUAAAAAUCUAGAACUUCUCAAAGAAGUUAAAGUAAAUCUACAAGAUGAAAACUAUGGCACCCAACUCAGUUCCAUUUUUAAUAAUGUUUCAUCGCAGGAAGUAGCAGAAACAGAAAAUGACAUUUCAGUUCCAAACAAAGAACCAGUUCUUCCAGCUCUGCCUCAUGUGCCUCCUUCCUUUGUAGGAAAAACCUGGUCUCAGAUCAUGUAUGAAGAUGAUAUGAAAAUUGAAGCACUUGUGAGGGAUUUCAGAGAAGGCCGCUUCCGCUGCCAUUUUGAUACUGAGUCCUUGGCUCAUUGUACACAGAGUAGGCUAAGGAAAAAACCCCAAAAGAAUGGUGUGGCAGCUAACAAAACAGAAGAUGGGUCAGCUAAAGGGCUUGCAGAAUUUACUGAUGGGCUAAGUGAUGGCCCUGACUUCAGCAACUUACCUGCAACUUCAGAAAUACAUGUUCCAAAACCACUGAAGAAUCCCAAAAAAAGGAUUUGGCGCCUUGCCUCAAGAUGCCAAGUAGUCAAGGUUAGCCAUGGCACUCAAACAAGUUUGGUACAGUAUCCAGUAGUGAAACAAAAAAUAAUUAGGAAGGACUAUCAGCUAGAAGAUCAGAUGACUAACCUCCUUUGGUCAGAGAAUGAGAAGACACCAGCCAUGAAGACUAGACUAUGUGCUCUUAAGCUUCCCAAGUCUUAUACCAAAAUCAUGAGCCCUUUACAGCCACAAACAGUAGUCUAUGUUCUUUCAUGCCCAGAGAUGAAACAGUUUAGGAACAAGGCUGAAGAGAUUCCCAAAAUUAAAAGUCACAACUCCACAGAUAGUAAAGAUUCUGUAAGGUACAAAUACAAACAAACUUCUAUUAAGUAUUAUGAUCCUCUGACCAAUCGAAUUUUAAAAACACCUCCCAAAUGCAUAGCUGGUGAAAAGACAAAGAAGCCUACACAUGUGCGGCAGCUAUUCAGGAACCUCAACCUCGAUGGAAACAGGAAGAAACAAGCUGAUAGCCAGUAUAUGUCAAAGACCUUCGAUUCACCAGACAACCAUGGUUCAGCAGCAUCUCUCUUACUUGAUCCUGUUAAGGAGAACGAUAUGAAGUUAGGUCACCAUAAGACAGGUGAAUCUUCUAUUUCUGCAGAAAGAUCUGAAUGUUUGGUAUACAACUGUUCAGAGAAAUGCUGCAAACGCUUACUUAUUUCACCAUUGAACUCACACCAAUCACAGCAGGAAGGUGACUUUCAAUUCAAUCCCUUUAAUAGGAAAGGAGUCAAACGUCCCUUGAAGUCCCAUACUGCUGAUGGUUUAGAAAAAGACAAUCCAAAGAAAAUAUGGCAGAGGAAAAAAAUCAAUAGCAGAGAAUCAGGGUUUCCUAAAAAAGCUUCAGGACUAAUUUUGGUCAAACAUGACCUUGUUAAAAAAGGUAGCAGGAAACAACCACCCAGAAGUACAACUCAGCAAAUAGAGGGAAAGAUGAAAAAGAUUUCUUCUUGUACCCUCAAAUCAUCUAUUCUCAGGCACCACUCAAAGAAAACUACCCCAGCAAAGCACCUUCAGAAAGAAAAAGCUGAUAGUAAAAAGCUGACAGUGUCAAGAAAGCCGAAAAGAACGUUUCUGAACACUGCAACUGGAAUGGGGGUUCUGAAAAAAGGCAGGGAGCCACUGUAAGGGCUUCUUCCAAAGCAAAGGCAGGGGAAAUGACAAGAGACCAGAGUCUUUUUUGCACUGUGAAAUGAUGUUGCUCAGAUCAUAUAAAUUUGCUUUUCUGACCAUCUUUGAGAGGGCUGAAAAGGGAGAAAAAAGUGGGACUGGCUUUUCAAGUUAAUACAUCAGAAUUAGAAAUGGAACAAGUUCAAGGUCCAACAGUAAGCUAAUACAUCAAGAAGUAGUUCAUAUUGCUGCUUUGAAAGUGUUCUGCACAUUACAUGUUGAGUAAAAUGUUUUUUUUUAAGCAGUAAAAGCCCAGUUUUGCAGCUUGCAUAUAUUUUUGUCACACAAAGCAUUAUUUUCCCAUGUAAAAGCAGUGUCAGCCAUUGAAAACGUUUGCGUUUUGCCUGAGGCUUAGUUUUGAUAUCCUGUUGGUAAACUAAGCAAUGCCAAAACUCAUCCCAUAGCAGCGUGGAACUAAAUGGGACUCCUGCUGUUUAGUUAAGAUUGUCGAUUUCCCCUUAACUUCCCUGAAGAAUUUUUGAUUGUCUAGAGCAGCCUUUCUCAGCCUUUUGACCCUGGAGGAACCCUUGAAAUACUUUUCAGGCCUCGGGGAAGCCCUGCGCAUUCAGGCUCAAAUAGAGGCCAGAAGUUACAAAUAAUUAUAUUUAUUUCAUAUGUAGGCCUGUAUAUAUGCAUUAACAGUGUUCUUAAACUAAAAAUAAAGAAUGAAACGUACCUCUUUAAUGUGAAGUUGCUCGAAUUUGAAUUAAUUUUUUAAAUAAACCGUGAUCUCCCAGGGAACCCCUAGUGACCUCUCGCAGAACCCUGGUUGAAAAACCCUGGUCUAGAGCCAGUUUUAUGGAAAUUGCACAUGGAGAUUUGUGGGGUAUGCAUUGCAUUUGCAGGAGUGACUUCACCUUGUCUGGAAUGCAAAUUUGGAUAUAAAUCACACUGAUUGUGUUUGUAAAUUCAGAUCACAAAUACAAAAUUAUCCCUCUAUUUGUUCCCUUGUUAACAGCAUCAGAGAUCAUUCUGGAAUGAAGCUAGUGUUGAAAAAUGUUUUCUUUCUCUUGACUUUUUAUUUUUCUUGGAAGAAUGAUUGAUUUUUAAGCUCAUACAGAAUAAGUAAGAUUGCUGUGUAUAAGCAAUAUUUCUAUCUUUAAUCUGCCCUUAAAAACAUGCAUUACAGGUAUCUAGUUUCACCUCACAAUAUAAUUGUGAAAGCAUUUGAAAGUAAUUUCGAUAAGCAAGUUUCUGAAAAAUGCAACAUCAUCUUUAAAAUAGAUUUCCAAAUUGAAAUUUUAAAAAGUAACAUCCCGUACUUAAUUUUAUUUAAUUUUUUUUUGGCUUGCAUUAAUAUGUUUAUUAAAAACAUUUUUCUAACUGCAUAUUCCAAGAUAUGUGUUACUCUUAAAUAUACAAUAAUGUUAUAAUUCUCCAUCUGGAUAUGCUGAACUUCUGUUUUCUGAGAAAAGACCUUCCAACAGGUACUCGCAGGAGAGUGAGUAUUUUGUUCAGCAUCCCUGGUGGUUAGGACAAUACUGCCAGUGUGCCAUCACCAUGAACUGUUGUAGCCUGGUAGCUAUGGGUGCCUCAGUCAUGCACUACUCUAAUACGAACAUAUUUAAACAAAAGUUAUUUGACUGAUAAUUUUAUAACCAAGUUACUUGAUAGAAGUGUUAUUGCGAAAGUUUCUUUUCAACUGUUUUGUGUUUAUAUGCAAAAUUUCACUGACACAUCUCACAUUUAUGAUGGAUAGAAAUGUGCUUUUUAGCUAACAUGCUGAUUUUUUGCAUUCUGAUCUGUAAGCUUUUGUGAAUAUUCUGAUAGAGUAUGUUGUCUUAUCUUCACUAGUUGUUAAAUUGUACAUUCCAUAUUGUUCUGCUCUCUUAACACUCCCAUUUUUUCCCAACCUCAGGAUGCACAAGGCACAGACUGUGUAAUUUUAAACAUUUUUAAUAUUUGUAUGUUUGUCUUUGGUUUGUAAAUUGGUUCCUCAAUCAGAGUACCAUUUAAAAAAAAGAUAAAUGACUAUAUUUAAAGAAUUUUGAUAAUUAUCUUGAUAUAUUUAUAUAUUUUCUUUAAAACAAGAAGAAGUCUAACAUCUUAUUUUUUGUAUUGUAAAGAGCUUGAAAUAUAAUUUUGGGGGAAAUUAAGCAGAAUUUAACAUUCUAUAAUUACUACUUUUGAAUAUCUCUCACUCCUGGGUUUAAGAUUACAAUGUAUGCUUGGUAGAAUAAAUGUUGGGGAGACAAUAUAUUUUGGUUCAAACUGUAUUUUAUCAGUUCACUGGUUUUAUGAGUAGGUUUUUAACUUAUUAUGUUAUACAGUUACAGUAUGUGGAAUGUUCAACAUUUUAAUAAACCAGGAUCCAAAAA